AUGGCUUCGCGGCGCAGAGGAGUGGGGAUUGGGGCAAUUCAGAAGAAACAAGAUGUUCAGGUGAGUAAAGUUUGUGAUUUUUUUUGUAUUUAGGUGGAACAAGUGCUCACGGGUAAUUGGAAACGUAUUUUACACAAAGAUUCCGAUCUUAAGCAGUGCUUUGGGAGGGAUUGAGUUUAUUUAGUGUCUAAAACAAGGUGUUUCAAAAGUUGUUAUUCCCUGCGAGUUCUUGAUGGCAUAAUCUUGAUAUUUUUAUGCAAGAAGGUUGACAUCUCCCCGGUGCUUUUAGAGUUAAUUUCUUGUCGCUUCGCCUAUUUUUAAUGCUAGAGCAUCCCAAUCUUAUUUAUGACCAUAAACUGAUCCAAAAUUUUUAAAAAAUCAUUUUUUAUCCUAAAAAAAUUCUAGGCAAAGUACAAUACGAAAGGUGAUGAGCUUGCCAGCGACCAACUCGAACGAUUCUCACAGCAACUAGAGGCAUUUACCAAGAAAUUGGAGGAGUUUGCGAUAAAACACCGAGAUGACAUCCACAAGAACUCACAAUUCCGUCGGCAUUUUCAAGAAAUGUGUACUACAGUUGGUGUGGAUCCUUUGGCAUGUAAGUGGCUUUCUUUUCGUUCUUUUUUCAAAUUUUAGAGACAUCUGGAAGAGCUGAAUUAUUAUUGUGAGCAAAAAUUUUAUUUUGUUACCUAAAAAAAUCAAAAUUUUUGUUGAUUUCAGCUAGCAAAGGAUUCUGGGCCGAGAAACUUGGCGUCGGCGAUUUCUAUUACGAGUUGGCGGUUCAAGUGGUCGAGGUUUGCAUGGCGACCAGCCACUUGAAUGGGGGUAUCAUUACAAUUGAUGAUCUGCGGAACCGAUUGCUCAGAUCCCGCUCGAAAACAAGGAAGGAACCGAUCUCACAGUGAGUUUUGUGAAGUGUGGAGUGCAUGUUAGCCAUUUUCAUAUAUUUUUUGAUGAUCCAAAUAUUAUUUUUUUUUGAAUAUUGAAAAAUUUUUUUUUUCAGGGAUGACAUUAUCCGCGCCGUGAAGAAGCUGAAGGUCCUUGGACAUGGUUUUGAGCUGAUUCCGUUGGGUUCUGGCCGUUUUCUCAUCCAAUCCGUCCCCGGCGAACUUAGCAUGGACGACACUCGGGUACUUCAACUAGCCGAAGAAAACCAAGCCCAUGUCUCGGUGGAGCUGUGUGUAGACAGCCUGCGAUGGGAGCCAGAACGAGCGAAACGCAUCCUCGAACGAUUGGUUCAAAUGGAGAAGGCGUGGGUGGAUAAUCAAGCCUCUGACACUGUACAUUACUGGUUCCCAUCGCUGUUCCUGGAGCAAUACAAUUGUCUGUCAAGUCUGGGAAGCACUUCUGGCAGCUCAUAAGGAAGGAGAAGAAGUCUGGAGGGGAUCAAAUAUUAGUUUAGGGGUCUGAAAUUUAAGUUAUGGGAAAAGGUCUAAAUUUAUAUAAAAUUUUUGGGAAUUUAUCGAUUUUUUGGUCAUUUAUAGCUAAAAUUGAAAUGUAAUUUGAUGAGAUUAUCCAGUAUUAGAUCUUUGACUACAUAGCUAGGGUUGUAAAAACAAUUAGAACUUUGAUUUUCGAAAUUUAUUUGCAAUUUUUUUAUUUUUGAGCAGACAAAAAUUGUUUUGAUCAAAAAUCUCAAAUUUUGUCUAAAAAUGAAACAGUAUUUACUUUGGAUUUGAAGAAUAUAGUCUAAUAGGUCUAUCAAUAAUAGAAUUUAGCCGAUUGCAAUAGGCGAAUUGAUGGUAUAGAUCAUUAUAUAACUUUAGGUAGGUCUUUGUCUAAAUUAAUAUAUUUAGGUCCAAAUUUUAGGUAUUUUUCCUCAGAUUUCCCCCUAUAUGACCCUCUUGACUUGCUCUACCUUCUGAUUAGCGCGAGGUCUCCCAAAUAUUAUUGUAAAACAGAAUAUUCCUAUUGCCACAUUAUAUUAUACUAGUCAAUUUUGCCCAGUUCUUCUGUUUGAUAAAGAAAUUUCGGUCAAGAGUUUUUUGCGCAUAACGCUAGAGCUAUGCGAUUAUAUUGUUUUCGUUUUAAUUCACCAGUUUUAGGUUUUGUUUUUCUUUUUUGCGAAUAAAUAUUGAAAAGUGAUAAAUAAUAUUCAAUUUGAUGACGAUUUGCACUAAAAACUUGUUGAAUAUACAGUAUACUACUUAAAAAAAGCCGUUUUGAAGAUUUUAUUUAAAUUUUUUGUGAGGUUUUUUUGAUAACUUUGUUGUUUCGGGCCUAGUACAAUAUAAUUUCCCCGCGAAAUUUAACAAUUUUUUUUUCAGAAUCUCAUAUCAUGGCGAAUUUUGAGCCCCUCGGGGCUAACAGAAGGAUCCCUGGAGCUGGAAGUGAAGCUCCAUCAACUCUAACAAAUCCAUCAACUUUUGUGGGUAAGCAAGUGUAAUAUAAUUGAAAAAAAUGUGGAAAUAUCUUGGAUUUUGAUAGGAACAACUGUUUUUAUUUGGUAAAAUACGUAUAUGGCACUUGGUCCAUAAGGUUCUGGGGCUAAUUAUCAUAAAGUAACAUUUUAUACGAUUAAACAUGUUUCGGCGUAUAAAAUGUCGCUAUGAUGAAUUUGGCUUAUCUUGUUGAAAGGAGAGUACUAGUGACUAAAAUUAAACCAAAAAAGUUCUUGGGCUAUUUUGAGCGAUUUAGCAUAAAGUGACAUUUUAUACGAUGAAAAAUGUUUUGUCGUAUAAAAUGUCUCUAUGAUGAAUCUGGCUUAUCUUGUUGAAAGAAGAGUACUAGUGACUAAAAUUAAACCAAAAAAGUUCUUGGGCUAUUUUGAGCGAUUUAGCAUAAAGUGACAUUUUAUACGAUUAACUUGUUUUGUCGUAUAAAAUGUCGAUAUGAUAAAUUUGGCUUAUCCUGUUGUAAGGAGAGUACAAGUGACUAAAAUUAAACCAAAAAAAGUUCUGGGGCGAUUUUGAGCGAUUUAUCAUAAAGUGACAUUUUAUACGAUGAAAAAUGUUUUGUCGUAUAAAAUGUCGCUAUGAUGAAUUUGGCUUAUCUUGUUGAAAGGAGAGUACUAGUGACUAAAGUUAAACCAAAAAACAUUCAAAAAAUGUUUUAUUUAUCCCUUCAGAUGCCAUGGGGAGGCCAAUUACACAACAGGCGGUUAGUGGAGCCUGCUCCAAAUGCGGAUUUGCCGGCCAUUUGCCCUAUCAAUGCCGGAAUAAUUUGCCAAUUGAAAUUGAUGGAGUCAAAAAGACUGCUGUGGAUGUAUCUUCUACCUCCUCGGAGUCAUCGGAAGAUGAAACUCCACUCAAGAAAGAAGGUAGGUCAUGGAUAACGUUUUGAUGAUUUUUACUGAAUUUUGGGGGUAUUUAUUGGUUUCUUGAAUUGCAAUUGAUAGAAUGUAGACUACGAUUCUAUGAGAAGUGGGUGUCGGAGUGUCGGAGAGCUUUUUAUUUCAAAUAAUUGCCAUUUUAUUACCCAUGGUCAGAUAGAGGUCAUGGGUAAUAUUUUGAUGGUUUUGAUAGGAAGUCUUUGAUUUUUUAUGCAGUUUUAUGUUGAAUAGGACAGAAUAUAGACUAUAGUUGUUAUGUACGCAGCCAGAAUGUAUGAAAAGCAGAUGAUCUUUGAGUAUUUGUCAUUUAUAUUAUCUAUGAUCAACUUGAGGUCAUGGGUAAUAUUUUGAUGGUUUUGAUAGGAAGUCUUUGAUUUUUUAUGCAGUUUUAUAUUGAAUAGGACAUAAUAUAGACUAUAGUUGUUUAGUACGCAGCCAGAAUGUAUGAAAAGCAGAUGAUCUUUGCGUAUUUGUCAUUUAUAUUAUCCAUGACCAACUUGAGGUCAUGGGUAAUAUUUUAAUGAUUUUGAUGGAAAACUGAUCAUUUUAUGGUAGGAUUGGAAUUGGAAAUUGAGAAAUAGAGAGUCUUCUAUUAUUAUCAAAGACUAUUUCAACUUUUUUUUGUCAAAAAUAGCGAUUUUUUCAGUAGCUAAAAUUGCUAUUUUUCAGACAAAAAACUUCGAAAAAUCUCCGUAAAAAAGCUCCAGAAGAAGCUGAAAAAACUGAGGAAGAAGGAAAAAGCCAAGAAAAAGAGGAAACGCCGACAUUCUUCAUCAUCAUCCAGUUCCUCGUCAGAAUCGGAAGACGAAAAACGAAAGAAAAAAUCGAAAAAGGAGAAGAAAAAGCACUCCAAAAAGCGCAAAAAGGAAACCUCAAGCAGCUCAAGUGAUUCUGACUGA